AUGGCCUUACUGCAAAAACUAUGUGCUCCUGCUGGUGAACUGAACGUGACAGACUGCGGCGCCCUGCGAGCGACCGUCUCUGCCACCGACAAGUGCGGCCUUCUCAACGACACGUCGGGCCCGUUCCGCGCCUGCCACGCCAAAGUCAGCCCGUCCGAUUUCUUCUCCGGUUGCGUGUUUGACAUGUGUGCGUACGGCGGAAACGUCACACAGCUGUGUCAGAGUUUGGAGGCGUACGCACACGCUUGUCAACAGGCAGGGGUGCAGAUAUCAUGGAGGUCUUCCAGUCUUUGUCCCAUGUCCUGCCCUGCCCACAGCACCUAUAAGACAUGUGUGAAGAACCAGAACUGUAUGACUGGUGUAAACCCCACCCUGACCUGUAUGGAGGGUUGUCAGUGUGACGAUGGUUAUGUUCUGAGCGGCCGCGAAUGUGUGAAGCAAGAAGACUGUGGCUGCACCGAGGACAACCAUUAUCGUAAGCUGAACAGCACCUGGGGAAGGAAGGAUGGAAUGCGCUGCACCUGUCUCCAGGGCAACCAGAUCACCUGCAAGCCAGCUCGGUGUGGAGCCAACUUCUACUGGGCCCUGCAGGAUGGCAGGUAUAGCUGCCACUGCCGGCCCGGACAGGACUGCAAAGACUUGUGCUACACAGGCACUGGUGUUACAUAUCGAGGAAAGGUUGCCAAGACGGAAUGUGGACGACCGUGUCAGAGCUGGAAUUCUCAACUGCCGCACUCCACCACCGCGUACAGUUCUAACUCCAGCCUGGCCGGGCUGCAGGGGAACUUCUGUAGGAACCCUGGUGGCGAGGUCUCACCCUGGUGUUUCACUGUGGACCCACUGGUCACGAAGGAAGUCUGCAAAAUACCCAAAUGUGGAGAAGCCUAUUGUGCCAGUAGUCCAUGUCUAAACAACGCCACCUGUCAGGAGGACCUGGAAUCGUACCUGUGCACCUGUCCUCCGGGGUAUCAGGGCGACCGCUGCCAGAUAUGUGCAGCGCUGCGGUAUCUAGCCCAUAAUAGUUUUACAGCUGCCAAGGGCGGCCAUCCCAACCACCAAAACGUCGCAAUCGUGGUGACCAAUGGAAAUUCGUUCAGUCCCGUGAAACAGCCAUCCGUUGAGCUGAGAGAGAUGGGUGUUGCAGUGUACGCAGUCGGGGUGGGUUCACAGGUGGACAGGGAAACUCUCACUGCGAUCGCAAGUGACCCUAGCAAAGUCUACCAGACAGACAACUUUGAAGGACUGAAGUCGGUGGGAAAGAUGGUGCAAGAAAAGAUUUGCACAGGUGAGAAUGAGUGCCAGCCCAACCCCUGCUUCAACAAUGGCACCUGCACAGAUGGAGAUCGCUCCUACACCUGCAGCUGUCCGGAAAACUACAAGGGAAACAGGUGCCAACUGUGUAAUGACAAGACAGUGAGUACCUGUAUGACCUGGGGUGACCUUCACUACCUCAGCUUCGACGGCAGCCAUCUUGACUUCGACGGAAACUGCUCCUACACUCUGGUACAGGACACCAACGACAGACCCAUGUUUAACGUCCAACUGCAGCGAGGAUUCGUGGAAAACGACAAGUCACUCAGUCCCAGCGUGAUUGCAAAUAGCGGAAUUACGUAUUCGAGGUCAAAUUCCUCUAAUACCCCGAGCACCAGAGUACAAGUAAACGUGUAUGGACACAGGAUUACUCUCAUGGAGGGGCGUCGGCUGAUGCUGAACCAGGUGCUAGUGUACACGCCUGUUGUGGUGGGAUCCUACAUCAAUGUCAAUCAAAGUGGUGAUCACAUCGUCCUCACUACGGACUUUGGACUGAGGGUCAGCUUCGACGGCCAGCAAGAGGUGUUGGUAUCACUCCCAGGAUGCUUUGCAAACCGGACGACAGGGCUCUGCGGGAACUAUAACGGAGAUGCGAGCGACGAUAACCGGACAGCUGACGGUAGAGCGGCUUCGUCUGACGCCGCGUUCGUGAACAGCUGGCAGCUGAAGAACGACAGCUGUCCACCACUGGCAGAGUUUUCCUUCCCGAUGUGUCAAAACCUGUCUGCCUACCUUCCUAACAACGCCACAAACACCACCAACUUCAACAUGGCCGCCGCACCCUGCGCUUUCUUCAUGUCAGAGGCCAACAGGUGUUCCAAGGUCGUGAACCCUCGGCCGUUCUUCAGCGCCUGUGUACAGGACCGCUGCGCGCUGAAACGCGGUCAGGACCGGAUCUGUCAGACGUACGAGGUGUACAGUCACGAGUGUGCGAGGCGUGGAGUCAUUCUCAACUGGAGAUCUGAGAAUUUUUGCCGUAAGUAG